AUGUCCUCCUCUAUCCCCACUCUCGUUUUUCUUUCUUUCUUUCUUUCUUUCUUUCUUUCUUUCUUUCUUUCUUUCUUUCUUUCUUUCUUUCUUUCUUUCUUUCUUUCUUUCCCUGAAGUCAAAAUAUUUUUUUCAUAUAGUCUCUCUUACGUUCUCUCACAAACUAGCAUUCUUACUUUUUUAAUGGCUACAUUUAUUCAGUCUCACUCACUCUCAUAUGUCUUAUUUACUCACUUACUAGGACUCGCGCUAGUCUAUCACACUACCUAUCUUACACUUUCUCAUUGUAUCUCCCAUUCCACAUUACUUGACGUGCGAGAGGAAGUAAAUGAGAGAUACUCACAUCUCAUUCCUUUUUUUGAUUCACUCAUUCACACUCUCGUAUCCAUUUUUUUCUAUCCCUUAUACACAUUAUUUCAACUCUUGUCGCCUGCUUUACUCUUACUUCCUCAAUUAUUCUAUCUUUCGCGCCUCUCCCAUUCUCUCAGACUUAUUCGCUCACAAUCUCAUGCACUCAUUCGCUUCUUAUUCCCUCUCUUCUUCUUUCUCUCUCUAUCAGACACUAACCCUCUUUCUCUCUUGUCUAUAUCUUGCACUAAAGUAAAAGUCAUUUUCUACGCUGUGCGAAUUCUCAGGAUGAUUAAUAUUAAUUAUUGGAAGCACAGUUCAAUCAGUUAA